GAGGGAGCCGUCCGAAGCGCUGUUGCUCGUUGCCAGAAAAAAGAUUAAAAUUAUCGAGAUGAAGCUGCUUUUGUUGUCACUGUUCAGCUUGGUGCAAUUUAUAUGCCAUACCUACGGCCAAGAAAGUUUUGGAAGCUGCAUCACACCCUUAAGGAGUACUGGCGAAUGCAUAAACCUGCGAGAGUGUGCACCUCUCUACAACAUUAUAUUAAGGAAUCCAAUUUCAGAUAGUGAUCGCAACUUACUGAGGCAAAGUCAAUGCGGUUAUCGUAAUGGAGAGGUUCUCAUCUGUUGUGCAAGCAAUGAAAAUACCAGUGGAAACUACAAUUUGCUCCCCGAAAUACCCAACUGCGGCAGCAGCUUUGGGGACCGUAUUUACGGUGGCAUUAAUACAGGGCUAGAGGAGUAUCCAUGGAUGGCUAUGAUCGAGUAUACCAAGCCGGGAAACGAGAAAGGCCACCAUUGUGGCGGCUCUCUCAUCAACAAUCGUUAUGUUGUAACGGCCGCUCACUGCAUAUCUGCCAUACCAUCAAAUUGGCGUUUGACAGGAGUACGUCUGGGAGAGUGGGACACAACGAGCGACCCAGACUGUAAAAGGCAGCUUAAUAACCGGGAGGUAUGCAACGACCGUUACAUAGACAUACCCGUGGCUGAAAUCAUUACGCAUCCUCAAUAUCAAAACGGGCGUGACCAGCCGCAUGACAUUGCGCUGUUGCGGCUGCGCAGUCCCGUCACCUUCAGUCCAACAAUUCAGCCCGUCUGUCUACCGACCGAGUCAAGACUACGGAAUGAAUUGUUCUUAGGUCGUUCCAUGGUUGUCGCUGGUUGGGGUCGCACUGAGACUAACGCAACGGCCAACAUAAAACAGAAGGCUCUUGUGGGUGUAGUUCCUACAAGCCAAUGCCAUAGUAAAUACUCCACUCAGGGCCGCACCGUUACGACACAACAAAUCUGCUGCGGAGGCGAAGAAGGCAUCGACUCCUGCCGCGGUGAUUCCGGUGGUCCACUUGUGAUUGAGGGUGAUGGCAGGAAUAACCAAUACUAUUAUCUAGUUGGAGUGGUGUCCUACGGGCCGACUCCAUGUGGCCUGCCAGGUUGGCCUGGAGUUUAUACGCGAGUAGGUGCUUACGUUGAUUGGAUAGCGCGUACCAUUAAGGCAUAGAUAUGAACUCGAAAGUUCUAUGGAGAAUUUAACGAAUAAAGCCACAACGUCUUUUGCAAUAUAUGUACACAAAUAUUCUAUAUAAUUAAGGUGGUAAUUUAUUAAAUUAAUAAAACCUAAUAGCUUCAAA